GGUGAAAUUCACAGAGUGAGGUCAGAUGGAGCCAACAGGACAGUUUUUGCUCCAGCAGCUGUUAUUGGUGCUCCUAUUGGUCUGGCACUGGACUGGAUAUCUGCUAACCUGUAUUACAGUAACCCAGGGACACAGUCAAUUGAGGUCCUGAAGUUGCAUGGUGACAUAAUGUACAGGAAAACACUGAUUACCAAUGAUGGCACUUCUCUGGGAGCUGGCACGCCGAUUGGUUUGACAGUUGAUCCAGCAAGAGGGAAGCUGUACUGGACAGACCAGGGAACUGAUAGUGGAGUCCCAGCAAAGAUUGCCAGUGCAAGCAUGGAUGGAUCAGGCAUACAAACCCUCUUCACUGGCAACCUUGACCAUGUAGAGUUCAUUACCAUUGACAUUAAGGAACAAAAGUUGUACUGGGCUGUCACAAGCACAGGAGUGAUUGAGAAAGGCAAUGUGGAUGGUACAAGUCGUGUGACUCUGGUGGUUCACCUUUCUCAUCCAUGGGGAAUUGCUGUGUAUGAUACCUUUCUGUACUAUACUGAUCGAGAUUAUGAAGUUAUUGAACGAGUUGACAAGUCCACUGGAGCAAACAAAGUAGUACUGAGAGAUAAUGUCCCAAGACUGAAGUGCCUUCGUGUAUAUUACAGAGACAAUUCUGCUGGUUCCUCAAAUGGCUGCAGUAAUAAUAUUGGAAUUUGCCAGCAGCUUUGUCUGCCUGUACCUGGUGGAUUGUUCUCCUGUGCUUGUGCUACUGGCUUUCAGCUAAAUCCUGAUAACAGAACCUGUUCUCCCUACAGUUCAUUUGUAAUUGUUUCUAUGCUUUCUGCAAUUAAAGGAUUUAGUUUAGAGUCAUCUGAUCACUCUGAAGCCAUGGUUCCACUGGCAGGAAGAGGACGAAAUGCGCUUCACGUGGAUGUUCACAUGCCUUCUGGUUUCAUUUACUGGUGUGACUUCAGUAGCACAAUUUCUUCUCAGAAUGCAAUACGUAAAAUUAAACCUGAUGGUUCUUAUUUUAGAAAUGUUGUUACAAAUGGAAUAGGACGAAAUGGGAUCCGUGGCAUUGCAAUUGACUGGGUAGCAGGAAAUCUUUAUUUUACAAAUGCAUUCCUGACAGAGACUUUUGUAGAAGUUCUGCGUUUAAACACAACUUAUCGCCGUGUUCUGCUUAAAACUACCAUAGAUAUGCCAAGGCACAUAGUAGUCGACCCAAAAAACAGAUAUCUGUUCUGGGCAGAUUAUGGGCAAAAUCCGAAGAUCGAACGUGCAUUUCUUGACUGCACCAACAGAACAGUUCUUGUGUCUGAGGGCAUUGUCACACCUCGUGGGUUGGCCAUAGAUCACAGCAAUGGCUACAUUUACUGGGUGGAUGAUUCCUUAGAUAUGAUUGCAAGAAUUCAGCCUGAUGGUGGUGAUGUUGAAAUUGUGCGUUAUGGCAGUCGCUAUCCAACUCCAUAUGGUAUCACUGUCUUUGGAAAUUCUAUGAUCUGGGUGGAUCGGAACCUGAAAAAAAUCUUCCAAGCCAGCAAGGAGCCAGGCAAUACUGAUCAGCCAACAGUAAUACGAGACAACAUUAAUUGGCUAAGGGAUGUUACCAUCUACAACAGUCAUUUCCAGUCACGUUCACCCCUUGAUGUCAACAACAAUCCUUGUUUGGACAACAAUGGAGGCUGUUCUCAUCUGUGUUUUGCCUUGCCUGACAUGCAGACACCCAAAUGUGGUUGUGCCUUUGGAACACUAGGCAAUGAUGGCAAGAGGUGUUCCAUUUCAACUGAUGAUUACCUGAUUUUUGCUCUUGAGAAUGCCCUCAGAAGUAUCCACCUAGAUCCUGAAAAUCACAGUCCUCCCUUCCGCACAGUGAAUGUGUUAAGAACUGCAGUGGCCCUGGAUUUUGACAGCAUAAACAACCGAAUAUAUUUUACACAAAGUUAUCCUUCAGGGACAGGAAGAAUCAGUUAUGUUAGUAUACACUCAGGAAUUGGCUCUCCAACAGUAGUUGCAUCUGACCUGGGCACUCCAGAUGGCAUAGCCUUUGACUGGAUCAACAACAGAGUUUACUACAGUGACUACCUCAAUCAGACUAUCAGCUCAAUGGCUGUGGAUGGAUCUAACCGCACAGUGAUUGCCCGGGUUCCACGACCAAGAGCCAUUGUAUUAGAUCCCUGCAGGGGGUAUAUGUACUGGACUGACUGGAGUUCAAAUGCAAAGAUAGAACGAGCUACACUUGGAGGAAACUUCAGAACACCUAUUGUGAGCACCAAUUUGGUAUGGCCAAAUGGGCUUACCCUGGACUAUGAAGAACAGCAGCUAUACUGGGCUGAUGCAAAUCUGCAGAAGAUUGAGCGAUGCACUCUCACUGGUACAAAUCGUGAGUUAAUUGUUAGCACUGCUCUGCAUCCAUUUGCAAUGACAUUGUUUGAUCAGCACAUAUAUUGGACAGACUGGAACACACGAAGCAUUUACCGAGCUAAUAAGUAUGAUGGUUCAGAUCAGAUUGUAAUGAUCACGAAUCUUCCACAAAGACCGAUGGAUAUUCAUGUCUGGGCAAAAAGUAAGCAGCAGCAAUGUACCAACCCUUGCAACCAGUUCAAUGGUGGCUGCAGUCACAUCUGUGCACCAGUGUUACAGCUGUGA